AAGGGAUAAAUUGCUAAACAACAAUCGAUUAAUUCCUUUUCAAUAGUUCAAGAUAUUAAAAAGAUUACAAAUGAAUUAUUUUUUUUUUUUUUAAGAAGUAUAUAACAUAGAAAAAUAAAUAAUUAACCCUGUUUCCCUUAGCCAACACAACACAGGUGCUCUCUGAGUCUUUACAGAUGCCUCCGUCCAAGAAAGGCAAAUCUACAAAAGUUUCAAGUGAGUUAACUGAUUCAGUUUCAACCCCCAAAUUUCCAGGGUGUAUUCGGUGUGUUCCUCCAUCUUCCGUUGCAAUCACCAUCCAUGCCAAGCCUGGAUCCAAACAAGCCACCAUAACUGACUUGAAUGAUGAUGCAGUUGGUGUCCAAAUAGAUGCACCUGCUAAAGAUGGUGAAGCUAAUGCUGCUCUUAUCGAUUAUAUAAGCUCCGUUGUUGGAGUCAAAAAAAGACAAGUUUCUAUAGGUUCUGGGUCGAAAUCCAGGGAUAAGGUCAUCAUCGUGGAGGAUGUUACUUUACAGAGUGUAUUUGAUGCUCUAAACAAAGUUUUGAAAGAUCAGUGACUCCGGAACUACUACUGACCCAUGGUAUCUUCAUGUGGUGUUCGACAAGGCUGUACUGGAUCAAACGAAAAGAAUUUACUUCAACAAGACUCGAGAUUCUUGACAUGGAUCCCAAAAUCCCAACUCCCAAACCUAUUAUGCUAUUCUUUUUUUUUGAAAAAAAAGUUUGGCAUCCCAAACUUUGUACAUGAUCAUUGAGUUGAGACUAUAGGCUCUACUCCGCUGCUAACUUGUCAGCCAGUUUGUUGGCCUCCCUAAAACAAUGCAUGAUGGCAUUCCCAGGAACCCAGUAACUUUCGUGCGGAUCUAGUAUUUAUAUAGAGAAAUCUUGUAAAAUAUAAGAAUUAUAAGUUGGGAAUUGAUAAUGAAAGUAUGUUGUUGGUCAA